AUGACUCUCUCUAAUGAAAUGUGUACUCUAUGUUUGCUUUUUUGAUCAUUAAAAGUUAGAAUUUGAUUCCAUAUUACUGUUUGUGUGCAAUAAAUUAUUGUAUUUAUUUCUUUUGCUUUUUUAUUGAUUUUCCUAAUUUGAAGAAGCAAUUUAAGUUUUAAGGUUUCUAUCAACAACCCAUAUAAAGGGUGUAGUCUAUUAGUCUCUGUAGCUCUGGAACCCUUACCUAUUUCAAGUUUUUUUGUCUAAUUCAAGCAGAAUUGGAUGCUUUGAAGAUUACACUUUUUAGGAAACAUAAAAGGGUGUUCUGUUACUUUUUUUUCUAGGGAGUUGGGUGUUGAGUUAGUAUUCAAUUUCAAGCUUUCAAUCUCUUUUAUUUAGGGUUUCCUUAAAAGACAUUUUGAUUCUCACUUGUGUUUAUUGAUUGAGGCAACACAUGUUUCUUAGUUGGAGAGUGAUUAAUUGAACAAAAGGGUAUUUGCUUUCUUAGAUGUUUUCUACAGUGAACUAAUUUUAGCUCAUGUAUUCUCUUUGUUUCCUUUAUGCUCUGAGACUGAAAGGUUCCUUUAUUUCUUUCUCAGGACAGUUUUCACAUAAAUGUGAUUCAUCUUAGGGUUUUGGAACAUAUAAGCAAGGUUUUGGAGUGUUUUGUACUUGGGUUAGAUUGUAUGCCUGCUGUCCUGGAUUUUGUUUUUCCUUUCUUUUCUGUCUCAAGAGAUAUGUUGCAGCUUAAUUGGUUUCUUUUGCUUUAGUCUUCAGUUGGCUAUAAAGCUGCCAGGGUUUUAUUUGUUUGUUCCUUGUAGAGUCUUGCAAGCAAUGAACAUCUACUUUCAGUCAAACUAUCUUUGGCUGGCUUUUAGGUACUAGAUAUCUCCAUCUGUUCUUCUUAAAGUUUGAUUGUAGAUUUAGGGCUUCUUGUUGGUCUACUGAAUUGAGUGCUAAAAGAGUUCAAACUGUUAGUUUGGUACUAUACUACAAUGGGCAUGAAUGGUAAUGGUGAUUUGGAAUUUCAACAGAGACUAGGGAUGUAUACAAAUUUGAUCUCUCCAUCUUCAGGGAUGUGUACAAAUUUGCAGACUGAGAAGGUUGUGGAAGAGAUGUCAAUGAACCAAAUUUCCCUUUCUAAAUCUACACAUGAAGUAGACUCAUUCUUUCAUACCGGUUGGGACCCACUUGUUACACUGCCGCAAACCAUGGAAUUCAAAGGUUCUUUACUGGAUUCUCAUCAUCAGAUUGGUAUUCCUUCACUGAAUGUUGAUUUACUAGAAAAUCAAAGAAUCGCCAACUCGCCUCACCUUGUUCUCUAUCCAUCUGAUCCCAAUCUUGUUGGACUUGAACCUAAACUUCCAAGCUUUGGAAGUGGGAGCUUCAUAGAGAUGCUUGCUCCGUUCUGCAUUCCUGAAUCUCACCAGCUUGUUCAUGCUGAUUCCCUCCCUGGUUAUCCCUCAAACAAGGUAAACACUGUGAAUCCCACUUCAACUUCUGGGAAGGUAGCUGAUCAUGGUGUAAUCUUUCAAGAAGAAGUGCCAGUUGCAAAUGACUGUGGUAGAAAACCGCUCUACAAUGGAAAGAAACGAAAAAGGGUAAUGGAUAAUCCCACUGGGGACACCCAUUCUCAACUUAAUUCAACUCAGAGUAUGGAGACUGAGCAACAAAUGGUUACUCCAAUUGAAACCAGUGAGGAUCUGAAAGGGCAAAAUGAGAGAAAGCAGAGAAAUAAGCAAAACCCAUCUUCAGAACCUAAAGACAAUUCACAAAAUGAGGAAGCUCCAAAAGAAGAUUACGUUCAUGUAAGGGCAAGACGAGGCCAGGCAACUAAUAGCCAUAGCCUUGCUGAAAGAGUGAGAAGGGAGAAGAUAAGUGAAAGGAUGAAGCUGCUUCAAGACCUUGUACCAGGCUGCGAUAAGGUUACGGGUAAAGCACUUAUGCUUGAUGAGAUAAUUAACUAUGUGCAGUCACUGCAAAGGCAAGUUGAGUUUUUGUCAAUGAAACUUGCCACUGUUAAUCCUGACAUCAACGCCGAUAUAGAACGGAUUAUGUCCAAAGAUAUUCUUCAUUCACGCGCUGGGGGUUCAGCUAUUCUUGGUUUUGCUCCUGGAGUGAACUCAUCUCACUCUCAAGCUAUGCCCCAUCUCUUCCACCAAGCUAUGCUGCCUAUGCAAAGUACUGAUGUCCUUCCCCUCUCUGUUCCCCAGAUGUCAAGUGUAUGGGUCAAUGAUGAUGAGCUUCAAAGUGUUCUGCAAAUGGGUUCAACGAAAGUAGAGAUAUAAAUAUCUGAGGGAUAAACCUAUAAAGUAGUUUAUCCCUUAUAACAGGAAGCUUUCAGAAGUUAUCAGCUGAUCAGCUACAUAUUCGAUUACCUGGGGAAUUUAUUAGAGUUGUAUAGUUGAAGAAGAGUCCUAACCGUUUGUUCUUCGAAUUUUAGUAGAAGAAAAUAACAACAGUGUAUAGUCAAAGACAGCAUAAUAGAGAUGACUUUGAUUUUCGAGAGAAGUAAUUGUUUUUCUGUUUUUUGUAUGUUUGUGUCUAAGCUAUAAUAAUAGUAUAGAAUAGAGAGUGUAUUUUGAUAACCUUUAUGAGAGAAUUUGGUCGAAGAUUGCAAUAGAAAGGUUUGCUUUGUAGAGAGCAAGUAAGUAAGAAAGUAAGAACUUGAAUGGUUUUGAGUUUGUGGAAAGCAAUAUACUGUGCUCCUACACUGAUGGACACAAUUGAAACUUGUUAUCGAGAGGGAUUCGGGUAGGCAAAAAUCCUGAAUACUGAAACUAGUGUUCUUGUUUGUAUAUUUUUUUUUUCUGAAGCAUGUCUUGUUUAUAUAUAGUAAAAACGACUUGUUUUGCUGGA